CGAAAAAUUUCCCAUGUUUCCCGAUUCCCGGCAAAAUCUCCAGAUUCCCGGAAUAAAUUUGUUUUUCUCCCGAAAUCACAACUUUAUCGAUGGGUUGGCCAUUGGUGCUUCAUAUUCCAGUUCAAGAUUUAUUGGUGUCAGUACUUCCCUUGCGAUAUUCUGUGAGGAGCUGCCACAUGAACUUGGUAAGUAGUAAUUAAAGCUAUUCUCAUACAUACCAGAUAGCUUUUACUCCUGCACGAAAACGACACCGGAUAGGGCUUCUGUUCACACAUACGAACGGUGAUUUUGGCGCGAUUUCUGUAACGGAGCGAAGCUGCGCCGCGCCGAUCUCGUGAGAAAAGUGGAGAGUUACAUACCUGGAUAGGUGUUCACACUAAACCGGAUAGCUUUUCGUGUCGGCACGAAAAGUUAUCUGGUACUGAGUGUGAAUAGUGGAAUAUAGAAACGUUAUCAAAAGAACUACGAGCAGCAAAGUAUAGGCCUUUUGCAUUACUUAGUCACGUGAUCAACUUUCAGUAAACCCAAAAACAGUUCGCUUUUGAACAAUUUUGUUAGCACGAGCUGAAAGAGCAUAUUAAGAUCAGGUAACCCGUAAAUUUUCAGCCAUAUAUCUCAAAAGCAGCGAUUGCAACGGCCGCCGAAAAUUAGAAGGAUUUGUAUGAGAAAAACAACUUUUGCCACCCAGUCACGCUUGAGUGGUUUUCCAUACAAAUCCUUGUAAGUUGUGAAAUUUUUAACUGUCGUUAAAUCUUUCCCUUACACAUUUAAGGGCUCAAAUUUCCUGUUAUAAAUUAAAAGGAGAUUUGAACCCCGUAAUGCUUAAGGAAAUAUUUCACGACAGUUUGAAAAUUUCAAAAUUUACAAGGAUUUGUAUGGAAAACCAUUCAAGCGUGACUGGGUGGCAAAAGUUGUUUUUCUCAUACAAAUCCUUCUAAUUUUCGGCAGCCAUUGCAAUCGCUACUUUUGAGAUACGGUAUACAGCUGAAAAUUUACAGGUUACCUAAUUUUAAUAUGCUCUUUCAGCUCGUGCUAACAAAAUUUUUUAAUAGCGAACUGUUUUCGUGUUUACUGAAAGUUGAUCACGUGAUCAACUAAUGCAAAGGCCUAUUAAGGUAUUUAAUUGCACUUUCAUUGCUUAUUACCAAACAGCUAAAAUUUUUGUCCUGGAUAUAGGUAGGGACGAGCUGCAUUCGGUAAUAUUUUUUGGAUUUUACAAAAUGUUUUUGAAAUGCUCCCCAGGUGACUUUGCAGUUCUUCUAAAUGCUGGUUUGUCAUAUAAAGCCGCAUUGGGCUUCAACUUUUUGUCGGCAUGCUCUUGUUAUUUGGGGCUCGUUAUUGGAUUGCUGCUAGGUUAUACAACGUCCGCUGUCACGUGGAUCUAUGCUCUUGCUGGUGGAUUGUUUGUCUACAUUGCUCUUGUUGAUAUGGUA